AUGUCUGCCCAAGAAGGACAAGAGGGUAACGCCGCUGGCAGUCAGCCAGACCAGGCCGAGGAGCUCACCGCAGAGCAGCGCAUGUCCCACAUCGAGAGCCUCAUGGCUCGCCUCACGGCCAACAGCCCCAUCUACAACAUGCUCGUAUCAACGGCCUCGCUCGUCUCCGUCACUCCGGGUGUGGUGACGACGCACCUGACCCUGACGCCCGCGCACGUCAACAGCCGCGGCGGCCUCCACGGCGCCGUGUCGGCCGCCAUCAUCGACUUCACCACCGGGCUCUCCAUUGCCGCCUGGGACCUGCGCAGCGUCACGGGCGCCAGCGUCGACAUGCACAUCAGUUACCUGUCCACGGCGGCCGUCGGGGACGAGCUCGAGAUCGUGGCCACGGCCGAGAGGGUGGGCGGGAAUCUGGCCUUCACCACGGCCAGGCUGAGCAAGAUUGCCAAGGAUGGCGAGAGGAAGCUCGUUGUUCUGGGGCAGCACACGAAAUAUGUCAAUCUUCCUAAUCGAACCAAGUGA